GCCGCCGAGCCCAUUUCCUCUUUCCGGCGCUCGGGGUGCGAGGGCAGGUCGGGACUCCGAGGCAGCGAUCGCCGUGCAGCCCGGGCGCUCGCCGGAGGACCCCCAGAUCUACCGUUCCCUACCGGGCAGCGCGGGCGCCAUGAGCAGCGCGGGACUGAAUUCCGAGAAGGUCGCUGCUCUGAUCCAGCAGCUGAACUCCGACCCCCAGUUCGUACUGGCCCAGAAUGUGGGGACCACCCACGACCUGCUGGACAUCUGCCUGAAGAGGGCCACGGUCCAGGGGACUCAGCACGUGUUCCAGCACGCCGUGUCCCAGGAGGGCAAGCCCGUCACCAACCAGAAGGCCUCAGGGCGAUGCUGGAUCUUUUCUUGUCUGAACGUUAUGCGACUUCCAUUCAUGAAAAAAUUAAAUAUUGAAGAAUUUGAGUUUAGUCAAUCUUACCUCUUUUUCUGGGACAAGGUUGAACGCUGUUACUUCUUCUUAAAUUCGUUUGUGGACACAGCCCAGAAAGAGGAACCUGAGGAUGGCAGACUGGUGCAGUACUUGCUCUCGAAUCCUGCAAAUGAUGGUGGACAAUGGGAUAUGCUUGUCAAUAUUGUUGAAAAAUAUGGUGUAGUUCCUAAGAAGUGCUUCCCUGAAUCUCAUACAACAGAGGCAACCAGAAGGAUGAAUGACAUUCUGAACCACAAGAUGAGAGAAUUUUGUAUACGACUACGGAACCUCGUACACAGUGGAGCAACCAAAGAAGAAAUCUCAGCCACACAGGAUGCCAUGAUGAAGGAGGUAUUCCGAGUGGUGUGCAUCUGUUUGGGUAAUCCACCAGAGACAUUCACCUGGGAGUAUCGAGACAAAGAUAAAAAUUAUCAGAAGAUUGGCCCCAUAACACCCUUGGAGUUUUACAGGGAACAUGUCAAGCCACUCUUCAACAUGGAAGAUAAGAUUUGUUUAGUGAAUGACCCUCGGCCCCAGCACAAGUACAACAAACUUUACACGGUGGACUACUUAAGCAAUAUGGUUGGAGGGAGAAAAACUCUAUAUAACAACCAGCCCAUUGACUUAUUGAAAAAGAUGGUUGCUGCCUCCAUCAAAGAUGGAGAGGCUGUGUGGUUUGGCUGUGAUGUUGGAAAACACUUCAAUGGCAAGCUGGGCCUCAGUGACAUGAAUGUCUAUGACUAUGAGUUAGUGUUUGGUGUCUCCCUGAAGAACAUGAACAAAGCUGAGAGGUUGACUUUUGGUGAGUCACUUAUGACCCACGCCAUGAUCUUCACUGCCGUCUCAGAGAAGGAUAAUCAGGAUGGUGUAUUCAUGAAAUGGAGAGUGGAGAAUUCAUGGGGUGAAGACCAUGGCCACAAAGGUUACCUGUGCAUGACUGACGAGUGGUUCUCCGAAUAUGUCUACGAAGUGGUGGUGGACCGGAAGCAUGUCCCCGAAGAGGUGCUAGCUGUGCUGGAGCAGGAGCCUGAGAUCCUGCCCGCCUGGGACCCCAUGGGGGCUUUGGCCAAGUGAUGCCGCCUCCAGUUCUCUCCUCCUCCCGUGGAACCUGGAGCAGCUGCCAAGGACAGAUCCGGGAACUGAAGCCAAAGCUACACAGGUGACUGUGUGCUCCCCCGGGACACUGUCAGACCCUUGGAUCUCUCCUCCAGGAACCUCUCGGGGAAGUGUGCUCUGUGUUGAAACAAAUAUUCUUAAAGAAAAUAAAGGGAAAGAUCGGGUCACACUAUCUGUUCUCCUCAUCUCCAACAGCUCAGGAUCUCUUCGCAUUUUAAUCCGAUGUAAUUGUGUGUCUUAACUCUGUCAAAAAGGUUUGGUUCUGUGUCUGCUUCAGUAAGACAGGAGAGGAUGAGCAAUUGAGGAGCACGGAGAGAAACGGACCUAUUUCUCCUUGUUCCUAGACUAGAGUUGGGGGAGGGUUACCCUAUGAUUUGAGCUCUCAGAACUGCAUGCUGCCUGACAGUAUGACCGUCCCUCCCAGAUGGCAGUCACUGAAUUCAGUUUUCUCAAGGGAAUUUUAUGUCUCUAAUAGCCCACGAUGGGAAGUUGAUCAAGUCCAACAUGACUCCUUCCUAUUGUUCUGAACUGGGGGCGGGGGCACAGCUCGACUUGAGUCACAGUUAAGUAGAGGCUUCGAGAAAGUUGCGUGAGAGAACCACCCAAACCUUAUCAUGGUCUGUAUUACAACGAUUAGGAGGUGCUCUAGCCAAACGGUUUAACUUCUGCCUCUGGGACUGGGAGCUGGGUGGGCAGGAGAAGGUGAAACCCAUGCUUUCUGACAACUAGAUGGUGCUGAGAAGCUUUUGAAUAAAAUACUUUGUUAAACAGA